AUGGCGCCUCGAGACGAUGUAUCGUCUGGAUCGGAAGCAGGCAUGGAAGAAGACUCGGAUGUCGAAUAUACCGAGAAGAAUAACGGUGCAGUUGACGACGGUGAGAAAGGGAAGGGAAAACAGAAAGAGAAGAAGGGGAAAAACAAGGCAAAAGAUCAAGGUUACUCUUGGGAAGCGAAUUAUGUUAGAUCGUGGGACCAAGUGCAAGAGGAUGAAGGAGGAAGAGGAGGCAAAGGACCCUCCUCUGCGAUACGCCGUGCUAUUAUUAGACACCUCGUGUUGUUGAUCGAUUUGUCUGCUGCAAUGGCCGAUCGGGACUUGCGACCGACACGGUUCGAAUUGGCGCUGGACUGUGCCAGAGCGUUUGUUGUUGAAUGGUGUGAACAAAACCCGCUCGGACAGAUUGGAGUGGUGGGAAUGCGUGCAGGGAUUGGAGAAAGGAUUGUGGAAAUGACAGGAAACCCUCAUGAUGUCCUGAGGGCUAUCGCGGACAAGCGCAAAUUAGAACCUGCGGGGGAACCGAGUUUGCAGAACGCAAUUGAGGUGGCCCGGGCAGGUAUGAGGCACUCAUUUACCGACACACUCGUCGAGAGAGAUUGUGAUAAUCUUUGUUGUGUCAAGGAUAAAAUUAGGAUAUCACUCGUGGCCCUGGCUGCGGAAAUGAAGAUAUGCAAGGAACUUUGCGAGAAAACUGAAGGGAGUUUUGGAGUCGCUUUGAACGAAGGGCACUUCAAGGAUUUGCUAUUCGAACACAUUCCUCCUCCAGCGCACCGCGCGGCGCGUACUGGAAAUGACAAAAUUCCAUCAAGCCAGACAGGCAAAGCAAAUCCACUGAAUCCUAAUGCUGACUUGAUGUUAAUGGGAUUCCCGACCCGGCUUCCACCAACGAGCGCGCCUGCGCUUUGUGUCUGCCAUCCCAGUCGAAUGCGGGCUGAAGGAUUUUUAUGUCCACGUUGUUCGGCCAAAUUAUGCGAGGUGCCGACAGACUGUGACGUCUGUGGUUUGAUGGUCGUGUCUUCUCCGCAUUUAGCACGUAGUUAUCACCAUUUAUUCCCUGUCGGUGCAUAUACGGCGAUAAACGAGAUAGGCCCCGACGACACACCUUCAGCAACGUGUCAAGGAUGCACAACGCCAUUUCGUACUGACGCACCUCAUUCGGUUCCAGCAGGCGCUAAUGACGGAAUCAGUCACUUGGGGCGGUACCGCUGCCCCAAGUGCAAAAACGAUUUUUGCGACGAGUGCGAUGUAUUUAUCCAUGAGAGUCUGCAUAAAACCUCGCCUAAAAAUGGGCCUGUCGAUCGUGAUGUGACGGUUUGCCGAUCAAAAAGCCUGCGCUUAGUAAGCGCGCGCCGGCCGACGAGGCAAGGAAACGACCUGGAAACGAGGGCAUGUCGUCAUUGCGCAGCAGGGCAACGGGAAUUACGCCAGGAUUUUAGGACUGGUGUGGGAAAUUGUGUAGAAUACGGGUCCGGUCUUGGCAGGAUCAUGAACAAGGGACAGAGGACGUUUUCCCAACGACGGCGACGACCAACGCGUAUUUGGAUUCGCACUACACUCGUUUCCCCCUUGCCUUUGGUCGCCCACUUGAGCCCCUUUUCAACUCUGGUUCUUUCCACCACCAUGAUCGCCCGCACCCUCGCACUCGCACUUGGCGCUGUGCUCCCCCUCGUCGCCUUUGCAGGAAAUGUCACCGAAGGCGGCUCGUGCAGCCAAUCAAACACUUACCUCACCCCUGGCUCCUAUCAGCUUAACACCGACUGCGACUCGAGGACGUACUGCAACAGUGGCGGUACUUGCGCUAAGAAGCAGUGCCGCAAGGAUGAAUUUCCUUUCGGCUACAACGAUGUGGCUUUCAAGGACUUACCUAAAAUGUGCCCCUCUGGCCAAUUCUGCCCGGACGAAGAGGAUGAUUGCCAAAACGUGCUCUCUGUGGGCAGCUCAUGCCAACUGAACCGCGAUGAUGAAUGUGAACCUGCGCCGGACACAUCGCUUUCCACCCCCGACAAUCACCGAGGUGCUAUUUGUCUCAACUACCAGUGCAUGUGGCAAAAUGUUACCGUUGGGCAGCCAUGCGUAGUUGAAAAUAUCGCCUAUAUCGCGUACUCGACUGAGGGUGAAUUUAUCAAUAUCGUCUCGAGAGGGAAUUGUCGACACGGUUUAUACUGUGACGCUGCUCAAAAGAUUUGCAUCGCUACACAGGACUUUGGAGCUGCUUGCACUGCCGAUAAAGAGUGCACAUCUGGAAACUGCCUUGACAACCUUACAUGUGGUGUUUCCACCGAUGCUCCUCGCAAGCUCGGAGCCUGGGUUUACGCAGUCGUCGCCAUAGCCAUCGUCGGAGGUAUGCUACUUACUGUCGGAACCUUGUUUAUGAUCCACCGUAAAGAACGUGAUGAGAUGCGCCAACAACGCGAGCAAUACUGGCGCGAACAGGCUGCUCUUCGUCAAAAUAUCCUUCAAAUGCGUGAAACUGCUCAAGCAUCUUUGUUGUCGCUACCUUACAACGGCCAGAACCAAUCUGGCUCGGGUUACAACUCGCCUUCUCGACACAGCAGCUUGGCAUCUGGAAAGGAAAUGGGCAUCCAAAGCGAUGAUAGCCACGCGGGCUUUGUUACAAAUGCAGGGUACGCCGGUGGAAAGGGGACUAGUGGUUUGCGUAAUUCGCUAAGAAGCGAUGAUGGACAGGAAGCAACGGAGACGAUGAGCAUGGACGCCCUCGUUACUGAAAGGGACAAUGGCUCGAAUGGAAGGAGGCGCAAGGGAGGUCUGAGCAUUGGUGGCAAGCGAUAA